AUGUCUGCCGAGAAAGUUGAGAUGGAUACUCCUAAGGAGACCACUGCCCCUGCGAAGUCUGGUGGAAUUGCUGGACAUUUCAAGAAGUGGUGGUGGGCCUACUUGGUUGUCUUGGUUGUUAUCAUCCUUGUGGUUGUAUUGCCAGUUGUCUAUGUCGCAUACCCUAAGAUCGCUCAAAAGGAUAUCAACAAGUCCUCCCUCGAGGUCACUAGCAUGGUGAUCAGCCAGCCUACCGCCGAUACUUUCUACCUUAACCAGACCCAAACAAUCAUCAACCACGCCUCAUACCACCCUAAGCUCUAUGCCUUUGAAGCUGCUGUGUCUAUGCUGGGUCUUACUUCCACCGUUGCUAAGGUUCUCGUCCCUACUUCCCACGCCAACAAUGGCGCUGAAGUUCACAUCGCCCAAACCGUCAACAUCACCGACUCCACCGAGUUUGAUCUCUUUGCCGCCUACCUUCUGGGCACUGAGGAAUUCCCCUUGAACAUCUAUGGCAAGCCUCAUCUCAAGGAGGGUAGCAUGCCCAAGAUCUCUGUUACCUACAACAAGACCGUUGUCAUGAAGGGUCUGAACCAGCUUGAGGGUUUCGAGGUCACUGACUUCGCCAUCUUGACUACCGAGCAGGAUGGAAAGAACAUGAACGGCACUCUCCUUAUCCCUAACCCCUCCGUGGUUACCCUCCACAUGGGCAAUGUGACUCUCAACCUUGGUGUUGAAGGUGAUGCCUUGGGCUACAUCUACCUCGAGGACCUUGUCCUCGCCCCUGGCAACAACACUGUUCCCAUGACUGCCACCGUUAACGAGACCUCUAUUAUCGAGAUGCUCUCAUCUAACUCCUCCGCCCUCGCUGACGGUGUCGUUCCCUUCACCAUCACCGGAAACUCCAGUGUCUACGACGGUGUUGUUCUGCCUUACUUCACCGUGGCUUUGCAAGCUCUUAACCUGACUACCUCCCUGAAUGUCACUGCGGCACUCGUCGAGGCUGGUCUCUAA